UGUUUACAAGAACAAAGUUCGUAAAACUACCAAUAGAUGGCGCUGUGCUUACUUAGCUCUCGCAAGUGAAGUAUUCGGAGGGCCCUUUAUAUAGUAAAAUCUGUUUGUAUGAAAUCAACUAUCUUUGGAACAAUAUACCGUUGUUUGCGAAGUUGGCUUUUAUUUAGCCUAGCAUUCCCUCGACUGGACCUGGGGUGUGUACAUGGUCCUUCGAGCUCCGGUAAGGUGUGCCAGACCUCAUCCGGAUGGGAAAGUCGUUCUGACGGUGACGCGAAUUUUGGAGCAUUAAGGCGGAGUGUGGUGCACUGGAGGUGCCUAUCUGGUGCUGCCUGUCUGGAGGAGCAGCACCCUGAGGAGUUGGAGCUGCUGCAGCAGGGGUCCGAGCUUGGUGGCGAAUCCGGCUUUGGACUUCGGGACGGUGCUGGUGCUGAUGCUGGUGAGGAGGUGCCGUCAGGAGCCAGUUCAGGUGCCAGAAAAGGACAACUGACCAGUGACGUCACGCGCGAGUGAGUGACAAGGACAAAAACUGUGAGUGUUGAAUUAUUUUCUUAUUGGUCGAGUCAAGCAAAAUUGAACUCUAUAGCUUCGUGGUAAAUAACUUUAAAACUUGGAAGUGAUAUUAAAAUACGAUACGUAGUGAAGUGAAUUGGA